UGGGCCGCAGGCGUGGCAAACGCAAGAACUCGCAUCUAACCCCGCACGAGCUUCUUCUGAAUCCCAGCGCUUCUCCCUUUUUUCUGCCUGACACGGGCUGCCUACGGCUGCCCGCGGUGCUCGUUAGACAUCGCCGUGCACAGCUGUGAACGCUCAACGCGCUGCAGGCGACGCUGACAAUGGUGCGCUCGUCCCUCGGCCGGUCGGUCCUCCUCGACAGCGGCGGCCUCGCGGAGGAGUACCCCUUCUGCGCGAUAUCGGUCCCGGAUUUCCUGGAAAUGACGGAGUGGCAGCCGCACCAGGACCUCAAGGCGAGCGGGAAGGUAAAAGAGAUGGGCGACAAGGCGGAGGUCCUGUUCUGCUCCCAUCAAUGGUGCAGCUUCACGCACCCCGUCGCGCGCGGCGCCCGAAACUCAUACGCCUCGCGUCACCAGUCGCUUGCCACACAGGACCCGAACGGCGACCAGCUCCGCGCGCUCCAGACGCAGAUCCGGAACCUGAUGAGGGGCAAGACGAAGACCAAGUCAAACUUCAUGCUCGACGCCGUGUACUCGUACCCGAUGCUCACCACCGGCAAGGAGUGGAAGGAGCGCCUGCCGAACAUGUACAUCUGGCUCGACUACUUGUCCAUACCCCAGCCGGGCGCCGGCGCCGGCACGGAGAGCUCGGACCACCGCCAAGGCCAGGGGGACCUCGUCGCGCAGCUCACGGCGGCGGUCAAUAGCAUCCCGUCCUACAUCGCGCGGUCGAGCAUGAUGUGGAUUGUCGUGCCUCCAGUCAACCACGCGUCGCUCGAUGGCGCUAUCUGCGACUUUACGUCCUGGAGACGGCGCGGUUGGUGCCGUAUGGAGUUCGCCGCGUCGAAGCUGUGCGCUGGAGAUGAUAUGCCAUUGAUGAUCGUGAACUCGCCGACGGCGCCGCCGGAGUAUUUCAACCCGUGCGACAUUUUCAAGCUCUGCGCCGCGCGAGGCGAUUUUACGGUAGACAGCGAUCGGGACGCGGUCAACGAGACACUCACAAAAAUGCUGAAGGCCAAGGUCGAAGCGUACGGCAAGGAGGACAUCACGGUGGCGCGGCUGCUGCAGGUCUUCUCGCCGCUCUUCGUGCCGCGCGAGGCCUACUACGGCAGCUCCAGUGGGUUGGAUCACCUCAAAUCGUUUCUCAAGUGGCGGAGCGACGACGAGGAGGCCGCGUGGGAGGCCGAGACGGGCUGGAACCUCCUGACGCUCGCCUGCGCGAUGGACGACGGAGACGCUGUUGAUGCGCUGCUCGCCCAGGACGCCGCGACGGUCAAACGCCUGGUCGAGGCCAAGGGCACGGACAUGGUGGUCAAGGGGAAUAGCAAGAAGGGAACGCGGCUCCGGCGCGAGCCGCUGGGCCAGAAGCUGCUGCAGUACGCGGUCAACAUGACGCCCCUUGUCGCCGCCAUGACGUUUGCGUCGCGGGCGGUGUGCGAGAAGCUGCUGGACGCGGGGGCGCCGGUCGAGCGCGACGGGCUAGCGCUCCUCGGCGAUCGGCCUUGUACGUUCAAGGGCGCCGUGACCGCGGGCAAACACGAGAACGUCGACCUAUUCCUCGAACGCUAUCCGCAAUACGCGAACGCCAAGCAUCCGGACUCAGAAGCGUGCCCGCUUCAUUUUGCGGCGUUGUCGUCGCAGUGCCGCGGGCAGAAGAAGGUAGUAGAGGCUCUGCUCAAACACGGCGCCGCGGAGUCGCUUGUCAGUCGUAAUGGCAUCUGGUACGGCUCGGUGCUCGCCACGUCGUGUAAUACCUACGAUCAGGACCAUGACGCGGUCCGUCUGCUCAUGAAGGCUGGCGCGGACCCCGCAAAGCCGGAGGUGCUGCACUCGCAAGCCAAGUUUCUCCGACGCCUCUCGGGCGUCUUCGGCUUCCUAGGCGUCCUCGAGAUGGCUGCCUUCAACCGAAUGCUGACGGCGCUUCCCCAGCGCUGGAAGCAGACACCGACGCACAUUGCGGCGGCGCGCGGAGACGUCGCACUUGUGAAAGUCCUCGCCGAGCACGAGAAGUUUCCGGUUGCCGCGAAGUCGACCGACACCAAGGGCCGAACGCCCGUCGCCGUCGUGGACGACGAGGCGCCCAAGGCCGCGAUCGCGGACAUCGUCGGGCCGGUCGCGGUCGCGACGCCCGUCCCGGGCAACAAGGUCGCCCCGGAGCAAUGACAUUGCGAAUUUCAGUGCUCCGUUCCCACCCUGCUUAAUCACACUGCUACACCAUUACACACCACACGAUGAUCG